AUGGGUUCUCAAGGUACCGAUUCUGAUGACCUUUUCGACCGUAGCUUGAGCUCCUCCCGCAGCAGCUCUCCUCCGACUCCUGCAGGUCCGGGAUCUUCCAUACAUCAAACAAAUACCAUUGAUUCUGUUUGGAAAUGGAACGCGACUGCCCCUCCUACUCUCAAUGCCUGUGUUCAUGAGCUGGUUCAAACCAGAGUCGACUUGACCCCGGAUGCUAUUGCUAUAAAAGCCUGGGACGGCGUAUUGUCAUAUCAACAAUUGGCCUCUGAGGCUGCCCAUUUUGCACGGCAGCUCAUAGAUUCUUAUCAAGUGGUACCGGGCGAAAAGGUACUGGUUGCGUUGGAACGAGGUCUUUUGAUUCCCGUGGCUGUGCUAGCAAUUAUCCAAAUCGGCGCUGCCUUUGUUCUUCUUGACACCGCAUCACCAGAAUCCUGA